AUGCGUUCCUCACUCAUCCUCGCGGCUUUCGCUGCUACUUCUGCAUCUGCCCUUAACAUCUUACUUGGUAACGAUGACGGCUUUGGCAGCGCUCAGCUGCGUCAACUCAACGAUCUGCUCAAGGCAGAUGGCCACAAGACGAUCGUGGUAGCUCCCGUCGAUAAUGAAUCGGGCCAAGGUGGCCGUGCAGUCUACACCACAAGCCCAAACUUGACCGUGGCGUCCGAGUUCGGGCUUGUGUCAGCUGGUGCGCCCUCCCUCGGUCGUGACCCGAAAGACCCUGACGUUUGGUAUUACAACGGCACUCCCGCUGCAUGCACCUUUGUCGCACUCGACUAUGUCAUUCCCAAAUACUACAACAACGUCAGCAUCGAUCUCUACACCGGCGGACCCAACUUCGGCGGCAAUCUAGGACCUUUCCUGUACACUCUGAGCGGAACCAUGGGCGGCACGUAUGCUGCCAUUGGGCGCAGCAUUCCUGGUAUCGCCUUUUCCGCCGCCAACUCCGAGCAGCGCUCCUACACCUGGAUCAAUGAGACCACCAAGUCCGGCCACCCUGACCCAGCUGUCAUCCAAGCCCAGCUAGCCUACACGAUUGUCUCACAGCUGAUCAAUUCAACCAAACCGGGCGAGCGUAUUCUCCCUUACGGCUACGGCAUCGGCGUCAACACACCAGUCAUCACGUCCCUGAGUAACGACUCCUGCAUUGCUCCGCCGUUUGUCCAGACUCGUCUCACUGGUGGCGCCUUCACCGACACGGCCGUGUACAAUGCCACCCGCGGCACUUUCACCUACGGCAACCUCCAGACCGAGGGUCUUAACCGCUGCAUCAAUGGCGACUGCGCUCUACCAGGCGAGACCGAUGUCGUUGAUGGUGGAUGCUAUUCUUCAGUUUCUGUCUUUACCAUCGAUUACGAUGCGCCUACCGGACAAGAUCAGACGAGUAUUCGCUCCGCGCUUGAGCCAGUAGUUCCGUUCCAGAACAAAGACGGGUGGGCGUCAGUCAAGAAGCGGGACACACAAAUCUGGGAAGCGAGUGCGCCGCUUAGACACGAAUAG